AUGAAAAACUGCCUGUCAAAAGCAAUAGGGCGUGCACUGUUGACCUUUGAAGAACUUGAAGAAGUCUUACUGGAUGUGGAAACCUUCAUGAACAAUAGACCCUUAUGUUACCUUGGAGAAGAAUUGGAACAACCUGUAAUUACACCGAACCUUUUGCUGAGAGGACAACCAGCGCGGUUCCUGGAAGAUGAUGCAGACAACUUUGAUGACGACCGAGACAAAGUAACUAAGAGGCUGCUGUACCUCAAAACAUGCAGGGAAAACGUCCGAAAGCGCUGGCUAACCGAAUACCUCCAUGCUUUACCAGAACACGUAUGUGCAAGACGACAAGGAAAAAAUCGAGAAAUCCCACGUAAGAAUUCAAUGGYGUUAAUCAAGAACUCAACAAAGAACCGAGCUAACUGGAAGGUUGGAAAAAUCACAAGUACUAUAUUCGGAAAGGACGGAGUGACGAGGGGAUACAAGAUUCGGACUGGAAAAGGCUACGUCAUCGAAAGACCCCUACAGUUGGUUUGUGAUCUCGAAAUCAGUGGUGCCUGCGACAACGACGAUCCAGUCAAUGACGCUUUAGACAGCCGAGACGCGAAUGAAAGUUUACCGAGUCAAACUGUGGGCCGAACCAGGAGAAAUGAGCGAAAGGCAAAGACGGCAGCCAUAAAUCGAUUGGUUGGAGUGAUCGCCAAUGAAGAUGGAGAUGACUAG